AUGAACACCUUGAGGGCCACACAACGACUUCAAAGCAUCACAAACUUUCUGCAGACUGUGCGAUCAUCUAUCAAGGUUCAUAAGCCAGGACAACAGCUGAGAAGGAUGGCGACCACUACGGAUACCAACACUUACAAGUUUAAUCACUCCAUGAUUCGGGUGAAAGACCCCAAGGAAUCUGUCAAGUUUUACGAAUUUUUGGGCAUGUCAGUGGUCAAAAAGUAUGAAAUUCCAGAGGCCAAUUUUGAUUUGUAUUUCAUGGGAUACAACAGCCCCAAGGCUGUUUCUCAUGGCAAUUCCCAUGUCAACCGUGAAGGUGUAAUUGAGCUCACCCACAACUACGGCACUGAGAAUGACGCCAACUACACCGUCAAUACCGGUAACAAGGAACCGCAUCGUGGCUUCGGACACACCUGCAUUAGCGUGGACAACAUCCAGGCCGCUUGCCAGCGUCUCGAGGAUGCAGGAUAUAAGUUUCAGAAGAAGCUUACUGACGGCCGGAUGAAGCAUAUUGCCUUCGCCCUAGACCCUGAUGGCUAUUGGGUGGAGAUCAUUGGGCAGAAGCCUCUUGAAGAAACUGAGAACGUGAAGGAAACGGACCCAUCUACCUACCGCAUGAACCAUACCAUGAUCCGAGUCAAGGAUGCCGAGAAAUCCCUCAAGUUUUACCAAGAGGUCAUGGGAAUGACGCUCAUGAGGACUGCCGAGAACUCAGCUGCCGGAUUUAACCUUUACUUCCUUGGCUAUCCCGGCACCCAAGGUUCUGCCCAGGAUGGUAAAACUGCCCACCGUGAAGGCUUGCUCGAACUUACUUGGAACUACGGUACCGAGAAGGAUGCCAGCUUCAAGUACCACAACGGCAACGAUGAGCCUCAGGGCUUCGGACAUAUCUGCGUGUCUGUCGAUGAUCUCGAUGCUGCAUGCCAGCGAUUCGAGGACCUCAAGUGCGACUGGAGGAAGCGACUCACCGAUGGACGCAUGAGAAAUGUCGCAUUCCCUUGA